UCCCGAUUGAUAUUAUUGAUGGAAAGCAAUAUUUAAGGAAAUUAGUAAGCUCAGUUUACCAUAGUAAUUUCCUCUUGGCUCUUUGUCACAAAGAUCAUCGUUUUGAACCUCGGUACACUUUCUUUCUGGGUUAGACAUAGUAUUAUCAAUAAUGCAUCUAAACUCAAUGCUACAUUCUAGUCCUGCUGGCUCGAAAAGUAGAGGUGCUGCUACCCCUGUGGAAAGUGAAAGAAGGGCUGAUUACAUUAACAAAUUGAAAAAGGGACGGUAUAGUCCAUUACAAAGCCCCAACGCCGAUGCCAAAGUGAAUGGCUUAUCUCCCUUACAAAGAAAAAGCAUUCUCAAAAACUUUGAGCGGUCUAUGACUAUAGCUGAUAUAAAUUACGCUAGGAUGUCUCCAGCCAGUAGGAAUGUCUCCAGGAUGUCUCCACCCAGUAUGCAUGUCUCUAGGAUGUCUCCAGUCAGUAUGAAUGUCUCAAAGAUGUCUCCAGCCAGUGCAAUUAUAUCUAAUAAUAUGUCUCCAGAAUUGCUUGAUAAACCUGAGAAAUUGUUGAGGAACAAGAUAGAGCAGGAUCUACUCACAAUAGACGGAAAAGCACCGGAUAGUAACCUCAUAUACAUAAACUGCUCAGGUUUACAGUAUGUAACAACAGAAGAAACAUUGAGUCGGUUCCCUGACUCGUUACUCGCAAAUCCGGAGGAGCGGCAAGCCCUGUAUUCUCAGCAACUAGAUGCUUUCUACCUUGACAGGCACAUGUCGUGUUUUGAGUCAAUCCUUCAGUUUUAUCAAACUGGGGUAGAAUGCCCUCCGCCAUUCAUUGACCUCGAGAUUUACGAGGCAGAAAAGGUAUUCUACGGUCUGUAUAAACCACAAGACACGGUCAUCGAGAUUGAGGAGAGCAUCACAAAGGACGGUUCCAAUCUUUGCUGUGCGGCCACGAAAAUGGCGAUCCACAAAUUUCUGGUCAACCCUCCAAAGAGGGGUUUGGCAUCUAUUUACCACGUGACGGACAUUGUAAUGAUCGUUGUGGGAACAAUAUUGUUUCUCUUGGAGUCAGAGGAUUCUCUUGAAGACAAAUUUGAUUUAUCAAAGGUGAGUGACUCAAAAAUCAACUUAUGCCUCCUUUCGCUGAAUGCGAUGACAAUCCUCUGGUUCACCGUAGAUUCAUUCCUAAGAAUGGUAACCUGGCCAAAGUUUACCGACUACUGGAAAAGUAUCAUGAACUUACUGGACGUAAUAUCUGUGCUUCCGUUUUACAUAGAGAUGGUCCAAUGGGCGUUCACAUCAAACGCAGAUGAUGGCAAUUACGCUAUUCUCCGUGCGUUGAAGCUAGUGCGUGUGGUGAGAGUUUUCAAGUUUCUGCGUCACUCACAGGGUCUUGUAGGAAUCAUGAGAGCAAUGGGAAAAGCUCGACAAGAACUCGUCAUACUCUUUAUAGCUAUGUUUCUCUUCGUCAUCACAUUUGGCUCGAUAAUGUACUACCUUGAAAACGUUGAAAGUCAUCACGAUCCCGAUGGUUCAGGUCCCAGUUCCCAGUUCUCCUCCAUCCCCAUGUCCUGCUGGUGGGUGCUGGUGUCAAUCACAACAGUGGGGUUUGGAGACAUGUAUCCGGUGACACUUGUGGGAAAGUUGGUGGGCUCGGUGGUUCUUUGUCUAGGUGUUGUCAUGUUGGCUCUACCCAUGACUAUCAUUGUUAGCAAGUUCAACACUGAACUCGAGCAGGAGAACAACUCCUGAGGAAAUGUUGUACUGCUUGAGUUUUGGAAUGUUCAACCCAAAGUCCUGGAUUGAGAUAUUGGACACGAAGUGACAUAAAUGCAUUUUUGUUAGCAGUAAACUGUAUUUGAUAACGUGGGAAUAUUUCAUAUCUGAUUCAUUUGUAAUCGAAUCGAAUAGUUUUUAAAUGUUACUUGUUCCUUAAAUUUUGAUAGAUUAAACUAACUUGAAGCUCGGUUAGUUUACUAAUGGAGCCUAUAAUUAUGGUAACUACCUUCGAGAGGAAAUAUUUAACAUACAAAAUAGCAUUACUGAUGUUAACAUAAAAUGAUAAGAAUAGAUUUAAUUUCUUUUGUU